AGAGAGAGAGAGAGAGAGUCGCAUACUCACAUGGCAUGUGAGCAACAGCUGUGUGUUUCACUCACUCACCCUCCUCCCCCAUUUGAUAAAUACCCUUCUUACCAUCCUUACUCAGACUUUUGACUCCCUUCUCUCUCUCUCUCUCUUCUCCUUUCUCUCUCUAGAAAUAAACUCACGAGGGUAGCUUCCAUAGCUUCUGAGCUCUCACUCUCUCUCUUCUCUAAUGGCGGAUUUCUUCACCUCCUGAAAACCCAAAACUCUUUCCUAUCCAUCACUUCACUGCCCACUAAAAAGCCAGAAAAAGAAAAGAGAGAAAACAAUGAAAACCCACUUUGUUAUUUCACACUCUCACUUCCUUUUCUUGCUUCUCUUUCUUGCUUAUUUCUCUCCCAAAGCCGUCUCAGUUUCAACGUCUUCUUCUUCUUCUUCUUCUUCGUCUUCCAGAGAUACCCUGCAGCUUCUGAACUUCAAAGCUUCUCUUCCAAACCCAAAGCCUUCUGAGCUCCAAAACUGGCUUCCUGGCCAAAACCCAUGUACCUCCUUCCGUGGCGUUACCUGCGUAGCAACCCGAGUUUCCGCCAUAGAUUUGAGCUCCAUCCGCUUGAACACCAAUCUGAGCCUCGUUUUCACCUUCCUCUUCACCCUCGACCACUUGGAAACUCUUACUCUGAAAUCAGCAAAUCUCAGCGGCUCCAUUUCUUUCCCUUCUGGAUCAUCAUCCAAGUGUGGAGCUCUACUCAGCAAAAUAGAUCUAUCCCUCAAUGCUUUGUCUGGUCCUCUCUCUGAUAUUUCCAACUUCGGUUCUUGCUCGAGCUUGAAGUCCCUGAAUCUUUCCUCCAAUUCCCUGGAUUUUUCCAGAAAAGAAGACUCCUCCGGAUUGAGGCUGAGCGUGCAGGUUCUUGAUCUUUCUUUCAAUAGGAUUUUGGGUCAGAACGUGGUUCCAUGGAUCUUAUCCCGAGGUGUUUGCAAUGAGAUUGAACACUUGGCUCUGAAAGGGAACAAAAUCGCAGGGGAUAUGAGCUUCUCUGCCUGUGAGAAAUUGAAGCAUUUGGACAUUUCCAACAACAAUUUCUCGAUUCCUAUCCCUUCGUUCGGAGAUUGCUCGGCGUUGGCUCACCUUGACAUCUCCGGCAACAAGCUCUCCGGCGACAUUGGCCGAGCAAUCUCCUCCUGCAAAGAGCUCGUGUUCUUGAACAUCUCGAGCAACAAUUUUUCGGGUCCGAUUCCGAUUUUUCCCUCCGAGAAUUUGAAGGUACUUUCUCUGGGUGCGAAUCGUUUUCAAGGUGAAAUUCCUCUGACCCUGUUCGAUUCGUGUUCUGGCUUGCUCGAGCUCGACCUCUCUUCCAAUAAACUUGUGGGUUCGGUUCCCGAUGCAUUGAGCGCUUGCUCUUCGUUGGAAUCCCUUCAUAUCUCCGACAACGGAUUCUCCGGCGAAUUGCCGAUUGAAACUUUCAUGAAACUCACAAGCUUGAAGUCUCUGUCUCUUUCAUUCAACAACUUCUUCGGGACCUUGCCUGAUUCUCUUUCAAAGCUUACCGGUUUGGAGUCUUUGGAUCUGAGCUCCAAUAAUUUUUCCGGGUCUAUCCCAUUCGGUCUCUGUCAAGAUCCUGCUUACAGUUUGAAGGAGCUUUUCCUUCAAAACAAUCAGUUUGCGGGCUCUAUUCCACCAACUCUGAACAACUGUUCUAAGCUCGUUUCACUUGAUUUGAGCUUCAAUUAUCUGACAGGAACAAUCCCUUCGAGUUUGGGUUCUCUAUCCAACCUUAAAGAUUUGAUCCUCUGGUUGAAUCAGCUUCAUGGUGAAAUCCCACAAGAGCUAAUGUACAUCCAAUCACUUGAGAAUCUAAUCUUGGAUUUCAAUGAGCUAACGGGUUCGAUUCCUUCGGGUUUAAGCAAUUGUACCCGCUUGAAUUGGAUCUCCUUGGCCAAUAACAGGUUGAGUGGUGAGAUUCCUGGUUGGAUGGGAAGGCUUCCAAAUCUUGCAAUAUUGAAACUGAGUAACAACUCCUUCCAUGGAAGCAUUCCACCUGAGCUUGGAGACUGCAAGAGCUUGAUAUGGUUGGAUCUUAAUACAAACAACUUGAAUGGUACAAUCCCUCCUGCGUUGUUCAAGCAAUCCGGGAAUAUCGCCGUGAAUUUCGUGGCUUCGAAGAAUUUUGUUUAUAUCAAGAAUGAUGGAAGUAAGGAGUGCCAUGGAGCUGGGAAUUUGCUCGAGUUUGCAGGGAUUAGGCAGGAGCAAUUGAGCAGGAUUUCAACCAAGAAUCCCUGCAACUUCACUAGAGUCUAUAAAGGUAUUAUCCAACCAACAUUCAACCAUGAUGGGUCUAUGAUUUUCCUUGAUAUUUCACAUAAUAUGUUGUCUGGUAGCAUUCCAAAGGAGAUUGGAAAGAUGCAAUAUCUUUAUAUAUUGAAUUUGGGCCACAAUAGUCUCUCCGGUUCAAUCCCAGAAGACUUGGGAAAUUUGAAUAGUCUUAAUAUUCUUGAUCUUUCUAGUAAUAGCCUUGAAGGGACUAUCCCAAUGAGUUUGACUAAACUUUCCAUGCUCAAUGAGAUUGAUCUUUCAAACAACUUUCUCAAUGGAACUAUUCCUGAGAGUGGUCAGUUCGAAACGUUCCCCAGUUUUAGGUUUGCUAAUAAUUCCGGCCUCUGUGGCUACCCUCUUCAAUUAUGUGGACGAGAUUCAGGGACGAAUUCGAAUUCCCAGCAUCAGAAGUCUCAUCGUAGACAAGCAUCCCUUGCAGGGAGUGUGGCAAUGGGGUUGUUGUUCUCCCUCUUCUGCAUCUUUGGUUUGAUCAUAGUAGCCAUUGAAACAAGGAAAAGGAGGAAAAAGAAGGAUUCUAGCUUGGACGUUUACAUAGACAGCCAUUCCCACUCUGGCACUGCAAAUGUGAGCUGGAAGCUAACCGGCGCCCGGGAAGCAUUAAGCAUCAACCUGGCCACAUUUGAGAAGCCACUACGGAAGCUCACUUUCGCUGAUCUCCUUGAGGCCACCAAUGGUUUCCACAAUGACAGCCUUAUAGGCUCUGGUGGUUUUGGUGAUGUGUACAAGGCCCAGUUGAAAGAUGGAAGCAUUGUAGCCAUUAAGAAACUAAUUCAUAUCAGUGGACAGGGUGAUCGAGAAUUCACCGCUGAGAUGGAAACCAUCGGCAAGAUCAAACACAGAAACCUUGUUCCACUUUUGGGAUACUGCAAAGUAGGAGAAGAAAGACUUUUGGUUUAUGAAUACAUGAGGUAUGGAAGCUUAGAAGACGUUUUACAUGACCAAAAGAAAGCUGGGAUCAAACUGAAUUGGUCUGUAAGGAGGAAGAUUGCCAUUGGAGCUGCCAGGGGAUUGGCUUUUCUUCAUCACAAUUGCAUCCCCCACAUCAUUCACCGGGACAUGAAAUCGAGCAAUGUCCUGCUUGACGAAAAUCUUGAAGCUAGAGUCUCUGAUUUUGGAAUGGCCAGGCUUAUGAGUGCAAUGGAUACCCACUUGAGCGUUAGCACUUUGGCAGGCACACCGGGCUACGUCCCUCCUGAAUACUACCAGAGCUUCAGAUGUUCAACAAAAGGUGAUGUAUACAGUUAUGGUGUAGUUUUGCUCGAGUUGCUCACUGGGAAACGGCCAACGGAUUCAGCAGAUUUCGGUGACAACAAUCUUGUGGGGUGGGUAAAACAACAUGCUAAAUUGAAAAUAAGUGAUGUUUUUGAUCCAGAGCUCAUGAAAGAAGAUCCAACCCUUGAGAUGGAGCUUUUAGAGCACUUAAAGGUGGCUUGUGCUUGUUUGGAUGAUCGACCAUGGCGACGCCCCACAAUGAUCCAGGUCAUGGCAAUGUUCAAGGAAAUCCAAGCUGGGUCUGGCAUUAAUGAUUCCCAAUCCACCAUUGGCACCGAUGAUGGAGGUUUCGGUGGAGUUGAAAUGGUAGAGAUGACCAUAGAAGAGGCCCCAGAAGGGAAGCAGUAGAUGGGAAAACAAAGAGAAGAGAAAAAAAUCAAACAAAUUUUCAAGAGAAUUCUUUGGAAGAAAGAAGAAAGAAGGUGGAGAUCAUUGAAAUUUUUUCAGCUCCUCCAAAAUUUUCCCUCUUCUUUACAACUUCAAAAACGUGAUAGUACUCGCCCACUCUGUAUCUCUACCAUUUUAAUGUAUGUAAUCUUGUUAUUUAUACAUAGAAGUUUUUUUUUUUUUUUUUUUUUUUUUCCUUCAAAACUCUGUUAUAAAAUGUGUAUAUAAACAGUUUUCAGCUUCCUUGUUUACUACUUAAUCUGGAUCUUGUUAGUUCUUGUUUUA